AUAGGUGAUGAAAUAAAUAUGAAAUUAAGCUAACCUUAUUAUUAUAAUUAUACAUUCAAAUUUGAAAACGUUUCAUUAUUAACAGGAACUAAUGGAUAUGCAUCAUAUUUUAAAAAUGAAUCUUUAAUAGAUAAUUUUAAUUAAAUUUAAUAAUAAUAUAAUGAGGAAAUAACUACUAUUAAUUAUGGAUUAUUAAAAAACUAUUACGAGGAAGUAUUUGCUCCUCCGGCUAGAAAAACGCCUGUUUUUCUUUAUAAUUUAAAACAAUAAAUGAUUGAUUCACUCCCUACUUAUUAUGCCAAAGUCAUGUAAAUUUUCAAUAUAGGAGAUUUAGAUUAUGUCAAAAAAGCAAUUUUCUAACCUUUGUAAAUAAGUUAAAUUUUAUAAGAUCAAAUAUGGAAUAAUUAAUAAUUUGGCUGGAAAAGUUAAAAAUCAUUAGCAGAAUGGGUAAAAAUAGCUUUAAGUCGUCAAUACUAAUACCAUCCAAAUUUCCAAAUAAUAAAAAAAGCUUUAAAAAUAGAAGAUGAUCUUAUGCUUAAACUUUCCGGAAAAAGUUCUAUGUUAAAUAAACUAGCAAUUUUAAUAAAUGGUACUGUUUCAGAUUCUAUAUAUGAAUAUUCAUAAAGUGUAUGUAUGGGAGGUAUUUUUUGUACAGAAAAUGAAUUAGUAAGCUCUUAAUGGGCUUCCGGUAUUUUAACUACGAAGAGAAUUUUUAAACAUAUGAAAAAUCCUUUGAAUUUUUCGUUUCAUGAUUUGAAUUCUACUAUUCCUAAAAACGCUGAAUUGGGUAUUUAUUUGGAGAAAGGUUCUUUAAAUGCCAAUGAUGGAAUGUAAUUAUUGUCUGUGGAUUAAAAUACAGGGGAUAUGUUAGAUCCUAAUGAUCCUGCGGCAAGUGUUAGUAUCAUUAGUUAUUAUAAUAUGGCCUAAUUUUAUAAUAAUAAAGAUAAUUUUGGACUUAUUAAUUAUAAUUUGAAACUCUAUAAUAUCUAAAAAGCUAAAGACUUAGUAACUUAUAUAGAUUACUUCGAGAAAAAUCUAGUCAAAAAGGAAAAUUUAUACCCGAAUAUAGCAAAUGAGGAAACUACGACUUUAGCUUGGCUCAUAUAUAAAUCUUUUCCGAAAUUUUUGAAUAAAUUUAGUGAUUUUUUACUUUAAAGUCUAUAUGCGAGAUCUUUAUAUAAAUAACUUUAAGAUAUUAAAUGUGAAAAAUUAUUUUAGGAAGAAAUUUUAAAAGAUAUAGGGGAGAAAAUUUGCAAAAAUAAAUAUUUCUAAUAAUAUGAUAUAAGUGCAAAUUUCGAAAAUAAUUUUAUAUUUGUAUAGGCUUUUUUAGGUAAAUAAGGAUCUCAAAUAUGGAAUGAUUUACUUUUAAUUUUUUAAAUUACAAAUGAUUAAUUAGCAUUUUUAUUAUAUAAUUAAGAAAAAUCUAAAUAUGCUUUAUUAUUAAAUGAUAUUUAGAAUGUAUUAUAAAAAUAAUAUUAAUGUCCUAUUGCUUGUAGUGCUUAUGAAUUAGGUAUUUAAUAGAUUUUAUAUGGAAAUAUUAUUAAUAAUUUACCUUCUAAAUAUUUUUAUAAAUCUGAUAAUGCAGAUUCUUUACUAGAAUGGGAUAAUGACAAAUGA